AUGCUUCGUACUACAGCCGUCAAGGCCGCCAACAGUGGUGUGCUGCGCGGAGCCGCUUGCUCGGCCUGCCGACGACCCUUUUCUCUUGCCUCAACCGCCAGAACUGCUUCCAGCCAAAGCUCGAAAUUCGGCGUGUCGGCGAGACGCCCGCUUGCCGUCGUUGACCGGACGUUGAAUGGCAAGAGACACUAUGCUGCCUCUGCGGAGGGUGUGGUAAGCUCUACACUUCUGGACCUUUGUGAUCGACAUGGUCGACGCGACAGUGUUACUGAUGCCAACGAUUCCUUCCUGUCGGGCAACACCGCCAACUAUAUCGAUGAAAUGUACGUGGCGUGGAAGAGAGAUCCGUCCAGCGUACACAUCUCGUGGCAAACGUAUUUCAAGAACAUGGAGGAGGGAAACAUGCCCGUUUCCCAGGCCUUCCAACCUCCUCCGACUCUCGUGCCCACCCCUACCGGCGGUGUGCCUCAGACGAUGCCGGGCGCCGGUCUCGACAUCGGUCCCGGUACCGACGUCACGAAUCACUUGAAGGUCCAGCUGCUGGUCCGCGCCUACCAGGCGCGUGGUCACCACAAGGCCAAGAUCGACCCCUUAGGCAUCCGUGGCGAGGCCGAGGCGUUUGGCUACAACAAGCCCAAGGAGCUGGAGCUCGACCACUACGGCUUCACCGAGCGCGAUCUGGACGAGGAGUUCACCCUCGGACCCGGUAUCUUGCCGCGGUUUGCCACCGAGGAGCGCAAGAAGAUGUCGCUGCGUGAGAUCAUCGCCACCUGCGAGAAGAUCUACUGCGGCUCGUACGGCGUGGAGUACAUCCACAUUCCCGACCGCAAGCCCUGCGACUGGAUCCGCGACCGCUUCGAAAUCCCCGAACCCUACAAGUACUCGGUCGACGACAAGCGCCGCAUCCUGGACCGCUUGAUCUGGAGUCACAGCUUCGAGUCCUUCCUUGCCACCAAGUUCCCCAACGACAAGCGUUUCGGUCUGGAGGGUUGCGAAACCCUGGUGCCCGGUAUGAAGGCGCUGAUCGACCGCAGUGUCGACUACGGCAUCAAGGACAUCGUCAUCGGUAUGCCUCACCGUGGUCGUCUGAACGUCCUGUCCAACGUCGUCCGUAAGCCCAACGAGUCCAUCUUCAGCGAGUUCGCCGGUUCCACCGAACCCUCCGACGAAGGAUCCGGCGACGUCAAGUACCACCUGGGUAUGAACUUCGAGCGUCCCACGCCCUCCGGUAAGCGGGUCCAGCUGUCUCUGGUUGCCAACCCCUCCCAUCUAGAGGCCGAGGACCCCGUGGUGCUCGGAAAGGCCCGUUCGAUCCAGCACUACAACAAGGACGAGACCGAGUUCAACACUGCCAUGGGUGUCUUGUUGCACGGUGAUGCUGCCUUCGCCGGUCAGGGUGUCGUGUACGAGACCAUGGGCUUCCACUCUCUCCCCGCCUACUCCACCGGCGGUACCAUUCACAUCAUCGUGAACAACCAGAUCGGUUUCACCACCGACCCCCGUUACUCGCGGUCCACUCCUUACUGCUCGGACAUCGCCAAGUCCAUCGACGCCCCCGUCUUCCACGUCAACGCCGACGACGUCGAGGCCGUCAACUACGUCUGCCAGGUCGCUGCCGACUGGCGUGCCGAGUUCAAGCGCGACGUCGUCAUCGACAUUGUCUGCUACCGUAAGCAGGGUCACAACGAGACCGACCAGCCCUCUUUCACUCAGCCCCUGAUGUACAAGCGCAUUGCGGAGCAGAAGCUCCAGCUCGACAAGUACGUCGAGAAGCUGAUUGCCGAGGGUACCUUCACCAAGGAGGACAUCGACGAGCACAAGAAGUGGGUCUGGGGCAUGCUCGGAGACAGCUUCGACCGCAGCAAGGACUACCAGCCUACCGGUAAGGAGUGGCUGACCUCCGCCUGGAACGGCUUCAAGUCCCCCAAGGAGCUAGCCAAUGAGGUCCUUCCUCACCUUCCCACCGGUGUUGAGGGUCCUCUGCUGAAGCACGUGGCCGCCAAGGUCAGCGAUGCUCCCGAGGGCUUCACCCUGCACCGCAACCUCAAGCGUAUCUUGUCGAACCGUAAGAAGACCGUCGACGAGGGCCAGAACAUCGACUGGGCCACCGCCGAAUCUCUGGCCUUCGGUUCCCUGGUCAACGAGGGCUACCAUGUCCGUGUCUCCGGUCAGGAUGUUGAGCGUGGUACCUUCUCCCAGCGUCAUGCUGUCUUGCACGACCAGGAGACCGAGAACACCUACACUGGUUUGCAGAACAUCAGCGAGGACCAGGGUAGCUUCGUCAUCUCCAACUCCUCCCUCAGUGAAUUCGGAGCUCUUGGAUUUGAGUACGGUUACUCUCUGACCUCGCCCAACGCGCUCGUGAUGUGGGAGGCUCAGUUCGGUGACUUCGCCAACAACGCUCAGUGCAUCAUCGAUCAGUUCAUCGCUUCCGGAGAGUCCAAGUGGCUUCAGCGUUCCGGUCUUGUCGUGUCUCUGCCCCACGGUUAUGAUGGCCAGGGUCCUGAGCACUCUUCCGGUAGAAUGGAGCGUUGGUUGCAGCUUUGCAACGAGGAGCCUCGUGCCUACCCCUCCGCCGACAAGCUCGACCGUCAGCACCAGGACUGCAACAUGCAGAUUGCCUACAUGACCACCCCUGGCAACCUGUUCCACAUCCUGCGUCGCCAGAUCCACCGCCAGUUCCGCAAGCCCCUUGUGAUCUUCUUCUCCAAGUCUCUCCUGCGUCACCCGAUUGCCCGCUCUUCCAUCGAGGAAUUCACUGGUGAUUCUCACUUCCAGUGGAUCAUCCCCGACCCCGCUCACGGCACGGCCAUUGACGAGCCCGAGAAGAUCGAGCGUGUCAUCCUGUGCUCCGGCCAGGUUUACGCCACCCUUGUGAAGCACCGUGAGGCCCAGGGUAUCCGCAACACCGCCAUCACUCGCAUUGAGCAGCUUCACCCCUUCCCUUGGGCCCAGCUCAAGGAGAACCUGGACAGCUACCCCAACGCCCGUAACGUCGUCUGGGCUCAGGAGGAGCCUCUCAACGCCGGUGCCUGGAGCUACACCCAGCCUCGUAUUGAGACCCUGCUGAACGCGACGGAGCACCACAACCGCCGUCACGUCCUCUACGCCGGUCGUGCCCCUAGCGCCUCCGUGGCCUCGGGUCUCAAGUCCGUCCACUUGAAGGAAGAGCAAGAAUUCCUCGAGGAUGCCUUCUCUGUCCACCAGGACCGCUUGAAGGGCGAGUAA